AAAAACACACACUAACCCCCACCCUUCAAUGGCAGUGACUCACGACGAUCUUGCACCAAGUCGUAAAGGGGCUGAUAUCGGGAGCAAAACGGGUGUCGUGUUGAUAGUCUUCUCGAUACUUCUUGGAUUGAUUUGCUUCGUUCUUUGCCUCAUUGCCGAGGCGACACACUCUCAGAUCAUACGGGAGGCGAGUGAUGGUGGUGGAGGGGAGACAGAGAGAAACCAAUGUAGAUAUAGCGGCAACGGGAAAACGCCGCUAAUUUAUGCAGCGGGUGCGUUUUUGGCCCUUGCGAUUGCCAUGGUGGUGCAACACACGCACCUAUUAUUAGCCGUGAGUAAAUCAGAACCCGAUCCUAGUCUACUUAUGACCUGGGAUCCUUUCUCUAACGAUCAUCUCAACACUCUCACUUGGCAAGCUGCAUUUUUCUUCAUUACAACUUGGAUAUGUUUUUCUGUUGCUGAAGUUCUGUUGUUGAUUGGACUAAGUGUCGAAUCCGGGCAUUUGAAAGGGUGGUCGAUACCGAGGCCUACCUGUUUCAUUGCUCGCGAGGGGUUGUUCUCUUCUGCCGGGGUGUUAGGGAUUACAACGGUUUUUCUUUCUUCUGGUUUGUCCAUCACGGCUUUACGAGCCCAAUGGCUACUACAAGAUCAAGAGAACGUCCGUCGAGAGGUUAUGGAAGCGUCGAUCCUUUAUUCAUCGCCACCACGACCGUCAGGAGAUCGAAUCAUGGCCGUUGGUGGUGAAACUCCGAUUGUUAGACAUGACGUAUAUUACGAGCCCGGGCUGACUGAAUAUUUAAGGGCUUUUGAUAAAAUUAUUUAACUUACAUUUUGCGACUCAAUAACUAACUUGUUCAUACAUGGAUGGAGUGCAGGAAAACGAAAGAGGUGUUAUAUAUUAGUACAUACUUUUUGUGACCAUUAUGCCCUUAGGGUAUGACAUUAAUUGUAUAUUUUGAUGGACCCAAAUUUCAUAAGUUUAAAUGAAAUUGUAACAU